AUGGCGCGCGCCCUGCACGGCCCCGUCGGCGCCGGUGCCGCCCAGGCCCCCGUGCCUCGUGCCGUGCCGCGACGCCUCACGAACGACGACCUCAUGGAUGGCAUGCUGACUAUGAUGGGCGGCGUCGACAGCGACCACUGCACAGGCUAUGCUGGUGGCGGGCCCGAGCUGCGGCUCGUCGACGAGGCCAUCAACCUGAGGCUCUGGCGCGACUUGGGGUCCGGCCGCGUGGAGCAGUCCAACCUCUACCAGGCCCCCGCCAAGUUGGCCGGCAGCGGCUGCACCCGGUUCGCGCCGUACCUGCGCGCAGACGCCACAAGGCCCGGAUCCAUCCGCCCGGACGGCUAUGGGCUGCGCUCGUGGACUUUCGACCGCGACAGCGACCUCGUAUCGGCAAGCGCCCAGAGCUGGGUCGACGGAUCGUCCCCGAUUCCGCCCCACCGCUCGAUGCGCGUGCUGACCGUGCCGCACGCGGCCGCGGCGAUCGUCAACGGUGCCCUGCCGCCUGCGUUUGAGGCCGGCAAAGGUGACAUCUGGGUGCUGGAGUUCAUCCUGGCGGGAUCUGGCGAGGGGAUAGGGCGGCUAGGGGGACUGCGGGAGGGCGGCGUUGCAAACGAGGGGUGGCGAGAGCCUGGGGCCCCAGGGUGGCGCUGGGCGACAAUGAAUUGGUACGAAGACGGUGCCCUCGCGGUGAACCGCAGCAUCAACGAGGACCGCAUCCAGCUGCCUUCGGACCUAGCCGCAUUUGCGAUCGACCCGGCCGCCAUCAAAUUACGCAUGGCGCCGCGCCGCGACAGCGCUGCUGUCGUCGGCGCCGCCGGCAUCGACGCUUACAUAUCCAGGCUUGCUGCCGCCACCCGCGACGCCGGCGACCGGGCUGGCGGCUGUGGCACCGGGCAGCUUCUGGGCAGCUGCUGGGCGUUUUCAUGGGAUGAGGCGAUGCAACUGGUGUGGGAGGAGCGGCAGGGCUGCGUUUGGGAGGGCGUGGCGGGCGGGCCCGGGCCUGUGAUAGAGCAGCUGUACCCCGACUGCUCGUACUGCCGCCAGCCCAUUGACCUGCGAGCCCUGGCUGAGGCAGGGCACCCGCGGGUCACGUUUGAGGCCGGCACAGUGCUCAGGGACGGUGCCGUGGGGCGGUGGCUGCUGACAUACAGCCUGCAGGUGCGGCUGUGCGGGCCUGCGCGCAUGGGCAGUGCCUGA